AUGCAGGGGGACAUUGCGAGGAAGAGGAAGGUGCCCCGGCACACGCAGGCAGAGGGAAAUCCUCAGGUCCUCAGGUGCAGCUCAGAACUCGUCAACCAUGAACGCAUCCACACUGGGGAGAGGCCCUAUGAGUGUGCCCAGUGUCAGAAGAGGUUUCGGAGCAGCUCCAAUCUCCUCAUGCAUGUAAGGAUUCACACCGAGGAGAGGCCCUUCCCCUGCCCUGACUGCAGGAGGGGCUUCAAGUACAACUCCGAACUCGUCAGACACCGGCGCAUCCACACUGGGGAGAGGCCCUAUGAGUGUGCCCAGUGUCAGAAGAGGUUUCGGAGCAGCUCCAAUCUCCUCAUGCAUGUAAGGAUUCACACCGAGGAGAGGCCCUUCCCCUGCCCUGACUGCAGGAGGGGCUUCAAGUACAACUCCGAACUCGUCAGACACCGGCGCAUCCACACUGGGGAGAGGCCCUAUGAGUGUGCCCAGUGUCAGAAGAGGUUUCGGAGCAGCUCCAAUCUCCUCAUGCAUGUAAGGAUUCACACCGAGGAGAGGCCCUUCCCCUGCCCUGACUGCAGGAGGGGCUUCAAGUACAACUCCGAACUCGUCAGACACCGGCGCAUCCACACUGGGGAGAGGCCCUAUGAGUGUGCCCAGUGUCAGAAGAGGUUUCGGAGCAGCUCCAAUCUCCUCAUGCAUGUAAGGAUUCACACCGAGGAGAGGCCCUUCCCCUGCCCUGACUGCAGGAGGGGCUUCAAGUACAACUCCGAACUCGUCAGACACCGGCGCAUCCACACUGGGGAGAGGCCCUAUGAGUGUGCCCAGUGUCAGAAGAGGUUUCGGAGCAGCUCCAAUCUCCUCAUGCAUGUAAGGAUUCACACCGAGGAGAGGCCCUUCCCCUGCCCUGACUGCAGGAGGGGCUUCAAGUACAACUCCGAACUCGUCAGACACCGGCGCAUCCACACUGGGGAGAGGCCCUAUGAGUGUGCCCAGUGUCAGAAGAGGUUUCGGAGCAGCUCCAAUCUCCUCAUGCAUGUAAGGAUUCACACCGAGGAGAGGCCCUUCCCCUGCCCUGACUGCAGGAGGGGCUUCAAGUACAACUCCGAACUCGUCAGACACCGGCGCAUCCACACUGGGGAGAGGCCCUAUGAGUGUGCCCAGUGUCAGAAGAGGUUUCGGAGCAGCUCCAAUCUCCUCAUGCAUGUAAGGAUUCACACCGAGGAGAGGCCCUUCCCCUGCCCUGACUGCAGGAGGGGCUUCAAGUACAACUCCGAACUCGUCAGACACCGGCGCAUCCACACUGGGGAGAGGCCCUAUGAGUGUGCCCAGUGUCAGAAGAGGUUUCGGAGCAGCUCCAAUCUCCUCAUGCAUGUAAGGAUUCACACCGAGGAGAGGCCCUUCCCCUGCCCUGACUGCAGGAGGGGCUUCAAGUACAACUCCGAACUCGUCAGACACCGGCGCAUCCACACUGGGGAGAGGCCCUAUGAGUGUGCCCAGUGUCAGAAGAGGUUUCGGAGCAGCUCCAAUCUCCUCAUGCAUGUAAGGAUUCACACCGAGGAGAGGCCCUUCCCCUGCCCUGACUGCAGGAGGGGCUUCAAGUACAACUCCGAACUCGUCAGACACCGGCGCAUCCACACUGGGGAGAGGCCCUAUGAGUGUGCCCAGUGUCAGAAGAGGUUUCGGAGCAGCUCCAAUCUCCUCAUGCAU